AAGGUGGACAGUUGAUUUGUGCCGUGAGACGAGUGUGUGUUAGGAGAUAACCAAUCAAACAGCCUAAUAAUGAAAGUGAGCAUCAUCGUCAUUGGCGUGCUGGCGGCGUGUGCGGCGUCCCUAGCGGCGGAGGCUGGUCCCCUGCUGGCCGCGCUGCAGCCCGGCGUGCAAGCCGAGCAUGCGCGCACUAAGAGGCACGGUCUACUGCUCGGUGCUGGAGCGUUAGGCGCUGGUGCUAUCGGUGCUGGUAUCCUGGGCGCGGGUGCUCUCGGAGCAGGAAUCCUUGGCGCCAAGGCUGUCGGCGCGGGUGUCGUCGGCGGCGCUCUGGCGGCUAAGGCCUUCAGCGGCAGGAGUUACGGACACGGCUACGGCGGCGGCUACGGCGGCGGCUACCACUACGGCGGCGGCUACGGAGGCGGUUACGGCUACGGCGGCGGUUACGGCGGCGGCUACGGUGGUGGCUACAGGUCUUACCCCGCUUAUGUUGUUGAAGAAACUUGGUAAACUAUGAACGGAAUGAUGCAAAUGAUGUAUUAAUAAGGUGGAUUUGUUGAUAAUUUAUUUACUUUGUUAUUGUAAGUAUUAAGGCGUGUUAUGUGAACACGUAUCGUACGACUGAUCUGUAUGUUGUGUAAUGUACAUAAUAAAACACUAA